AUGCCAGAUACCUCUGACACCUCUGCUACCCAUCCUCUGGCGUCACUUUUGACCCCAGACUUCUUGACGUCUAUUGCUCGGUCCCACCUGCCGCCCGAUAAAAGCAAGCACCAUAACCUGAGUCUGGAAUGGAUCCAGGCAGGGCCCAACUUCGACUCAGAGGAGACCAAGGCUGCUUGGUGGACCGCACUGGUCACCAUCAGCAGAAUCCCCCUUUCCGAGAUGCCUGACAUGAUGUCUUUUCUUCCACCUCCCGCAGACCCAGCGUUCCCAGAACAAAGCCUCGGACUGACUCUCCUCCUCGACCAAGGACCAAGACUGCUGUGCCGCGGGGCCGACGGUCGCUGGACGGACGGCUUCUUUGGGCAGGUCUCUCAGCAGCUCGCUCACUCGUGGCUCGCCUUGCCAGCCGAACAACAGCCAAAUGCCUGGAAGCGCUGGGAAGAGGCCGGAGCCAGCUUCGAGCACUGGUGCCUGCUCCAUUUGUUCCUUUCGUGCCCGUUUGUGCACAGCGAAAGACUCGAAGAUCAGGAUAUUGCGCUCGAAAUGACAGAGGAGCGACGAAAAGGUGCCGAGCAGAGAAGCGGGGAGACGGACCCGUAUCGCGAAAAGCGAUCCGAGGUUCUUUCCGAUGCCUUGGCCUUUCCAAGGGUCAUCCGAGCUGGGCCACCGGCUGGAGAAGACGUGACGAUGCAGGAAUGGGUCUUUUGGUCUUGCAUGUUAUUCGACGUUCACUGGCCCAUUAUCAAAAAAUUCGGGAAAUACCCGUACAGAAAUGCCGUCUUGGGACGGGAAAGUACCGAGGAGGAGGUGAAGUGGCUGGAGGAGACGAAACAUUUCGCCGAGGCAAGCCCUGAGGUUGCUGAAAGGGUCGAAAAAGAUAUCAAAGCGAACCGAUGGACUGCUCUGAAAGACGAGGUUCCAGCUUAA